UAAGUAAUAUUUCUAAGCUACGUGAUGUGGCUAAAAGUUUGUGCACACCUGACCGUCACACCCAUAUGUGCUUGUUGAACGUUCCCGUUCCAGAUUUAUUCCCUGUUUGCUGUUAUAAUGCGCUCCAGUCUUCUGGGAAGGCUUUCCAAUAGAUUUUGGGGCGUGGCUAUGGGGAUGUGCGUUCAUUCAGCUACAAGAGCGUUAGCGAGAUUGACGUCAGGCCCUGAAUCCGGGAUGUCGAGGAGGCUCCGGUUCAUCCUAAAGGUGUUCGGCGGGGUUGAGGUCAGGGAUCUGUACAGGACACUCGAGUUCUUCCAACCUUCACACACCAUGUCUUCAUGGAGCUCGCUUUGCGCUGGAACAGCGUUUGGGUCUCUCGGUUCCAGUGACGGGAAAUUGUAACGCUGUAGUCGAGUCCCAGAACCCUGAACUGCUACUCAACUGCUGUGAAUGUUUGAACACGUGAUCGUUUCUAUAGUAACAGCUCUCACAGAGACGUCUACGACGGACGUUAAAAACGUGUCGUUAUUUAACAAAUAAAAGAAAAACGUGUAAUUCUUUACAUGGUGAUGUUUUCUUUCCACGAGGAGAUGUUUAUUUAACAUGUAUGGAAGGAGUCUCCAGUGUCAGCGCUUUGUAACGGUCAGAGGUAAAAGCUUCGCGACAGGGGAGUUUACACUUUUUACGGCUUCUUGGUAACAUGACAAGUUGUGCUUUUUUUUUUUUUGUCUCGUUUACUUCGAGAGAGAAAAAAGAAAGACUGGUGAGGGAACCAUUGUUUAUAGCUGCUAUAACGUAAUUAAGAACAGGAAGUAACAUGUUUCGAGGAUGUUCUGCAGCAUGCAUCUAACUGGAUGAAAUGCAUGAUGUUAUAUAGAACCACUGGGGGUGUGCUGUUAUUGGAAAAUACUCAACUUUUGGUUGGGUGGUAACAGUCACUGAUUUUAUUUUUCUUUAAACACACAUUUCUAGGUGAUUUAUUCCUUACUUAUUAAAUGCUGAAGUAGGCAAAUGUUCAGAUACGUCAAAACUGUGACUGUAGUCAGACUCCGGGUGUAAGUCCAGGGUACUAAGCGCUAAAUCCACCUCUUUUUCACUGAGUAAUUAGUCUGAAAUGGUGUGAUUAGCACAAAAUCAAAAUCAGAUCUUCGGCUUGGGAUCCUGUUUUCAAUCCGCGGCCUGAAUUGAAGACGGGGGCCACGGGCGCACGAACCUAACAGCACAAAUAAACCUGAAAUGUUUUGCAUGGACGAGAAUCCAAAUCCUCUACGAGCCUGUUAGACAUUACAGGAAGUUCUUGAGCAUUGGUUUUUCCCUCCAGGGACGAGUUUCAUCAGAAAUUUAUAACAAGAGAUGCCAAUUUUUUAUUUAUUUAUUUAUUUAUUUAUUUAUUUAUUUAUUUAUUUUGGUUGACAUUUUAUCGUUGAAAAGAAAUUGCGAUAACGAACUCUACAGAGUCCGAGCGUGUUUAAGCGUAAAAAAUAUCACGCGUCGCGUGUCUUAUUCGGUCUAUAUGUUCGGUUUGGUUCACUUUUAAACAAACUGUCUGGAAUACAUCAGGCUAAUUCCUAGAAUUCCUCAUUCAUGCUAUGGAACACGUGCAGGUGAUAGAAUGGUGCCCUCUAGUGGACAGGAUGAUGGAUUCAUCUCAAUACAAUCUGUAUUGUAGAGGUGAGGCAGCUGUUUUGGAAGGGAAUAAAGUUUAUAUUGAAACAAUCCGUCAUCUGAAACUCUCAUUACUGGAUAACACCGCAUAAUGUUCAUGUCCUGGACACUGAGGACCGGACUGUUAGGUCUUUUGACUUUCCGUGUGAGAUUAUUUGUUCGGUCGGUGUGGUGGCGUUCUCCACACGAUGACUUGCGAUCCCGUUUACCAGUAGAUAGGGAUUUUCUCGGUAACAUCUCCUUCCAAGUGGAAAUGCAUGUAAUAAAUUAAUUACAAAGUUUCAGUGAAUAUCACAGUCUCACAGUCUUUGCAGCCUCUUCUUCAGCCUGCCAAGCAAAGGACCAGACCGUCCUGCCUGGAAAACAGCGCUGAGAAAAAGCUGUGAUGAAAAGUCCAUGCUUCAUUGUCUCAUCGUGGGAUGGUCCAAGACCAGUGAAGGAUGAAGUGCAGAACCGAAAGCCAAGGUUAUGAAAAAUGAUUUUUAAUUUGAGCUUCACAACAUCAGUACAGAUGCUUCCCAUAUGUGUGAGGAAAUCCUUCAACAAAACGGGCCUAAUUGUGGAUUGAAAUGGGAGGUUGUUAGAGGAACAAUAGCCUAUUGAUCUCUCUCUCUCUCUCUCUCUCUCUCUCUCUCUCUCUCGCUCUCGCUCUCACUCUCCCUCACUCUCUCGUUUUGUUUUGCGCCCUCUGCUGCCUGCAAGGAGAAUUGCAAUUGUAUUCAACUGAAUUAAAAAGCUCAAGCUUUCCCUUUCUCCAUGCUGAAAUUGUGUAUACAUUAUAAAGUCCUGUCAGGAAAUUAUAAUUAUUAUAAUCUUUGGAUCUGAGCGUGUCUGUUCUGCUUAGAGGUGGAACUCAUUUCACGUCAUUCUUAAGCCUGGAAUCAAUAAACCAGCUAGAACUACUGCAUCAGUCUGUACAGGAUUUCGCAGAGGUUGAUUUUUUUUUAAAUCGGUGUAGCAAAAAUGCUUGAUUUUUAUUUUAUCUUUACGUUUACGUUUUAUUUUAGCUUUACGUUCAUGUCUGCGAUCGCACCAUAAUGGAGGGACCGAUUGCCUGGAAGUAUUUGUGUUAUUAUUAGAAAAUAAUCAACAACAGGCUGGUUUAACUGUUAACAUCUCCGAGGGUGGUUGUGUUCCUGCAAUUAUAUGGAGCAUCUAUUGUAGCAGUCCUUGUGUAAGUCGUUACUAUAGAAAUCAUAACGUAUCGAUCAUUUCCUGCACGACUGUCAGAGCUGCUGUUCCAGAAAACGAAUCACCUUCUGACCAAUCGGAAUCCUCGAUUCUCGAUCAGUACAUCACAUUCGCUGUGCCGGUUUUUAUUCUUUUUCAGAGAAAUCUGUGCUAAUUAUAGUGACGUUCUAUUAAUGACUCCAUUACUCUUCAUUCAUUUCAAGAGAAAUGUGUCCAGCGUUUAAAGAACAACCGUUUUUACUGAAAUAAAACGAAACACCGUGUACAUUAAGCAUCUCAGAUAAAGACUGGUGUUCCGGGUCACUUCCUGUAAGACAUCCAGGACUCUAAAAGUCAGUAAAAAUAAAAAAGAAGCUAUUUUCACGGUGCGUUAAAACUACAACGUGCUGUCUAAAUCUGCUGCGUGUACUGUAGGAUGUGGGAUUUAUAAGCUACUCGUAGAGGAACACAAAGUAAUGCGAAAGCUGCGAGUGCACACGUUCAAGGAGAAUUCCAGUUAUAAACAGAAUAUCUAAUUAUCUGUAAUUAUCUACAGUUAUCCGACAUGGUUAUCGCCUUCUCUUCAUUAUUACGGAAGUGUUCACCGUUAACGAGACUGUGAACGUACGAGCAAAACCUCUCGCCUUUAUCAACGUUUUGUAUUUGAGCUAGCAAGUCAGCACUAGCCAGUUAGCCCAGCGUACGGUGUAGGAUCAGGGCAUACAAAGCGAGCUAGCCGACUAACGUUAGCUAGGUGUCUAAAACACAAGCAGGUUUUGUUACAAGGGAAAGGGUUCGGUCAUAUAUGAUAUCUCAUUUAAGCUAGCUAAAAGAUGAUGUGGAGAAUAAAACUCAAAUAAAAUCCUGGCCUCUUCAGGUGAGUGGGUUUUAUUAUACCAUGUGUAUCCCCUGUGCAGUUUGUGAUCUCCAAGCCUUUUAGCUAGCUAGCUAGUGUUCGCUUUUCUGUUAGCGUGAUAGCUUUCUAAUGCUGGGAUGCGAUGUAGGUAGGUGGAAGGAGUCUCCAGUGUCAGCGUUUUUCUCUGUAACGUGACGGGCUGGGUGUGACUGACUUCAAGAGAGAGAAUAAAGAGAGCCUGGAGAAGGAGCGACUGUUUAUAGCUGUUGUAACGUAAGCGAGAACAGGAACUUUAAAUGCAACAAAAAAUGGAUUAAAAAAAAGUGUCUUAUAAUGUGUCUUUCUUAAAAAAAAAAAGACAAGAAAAUUCAAGUCAGCAGAGGCGAAUUGCUGUGGUAUAAGAGGAUUAAAACACUUCAGGGACAUCCGGUUUUAGAGAAAAAACCCAAACGAUAACGUAACUCCGCCUUGUUUUAUCGCCGAUUAUUUUCCUAUAGUAUCAUGUUUUAUUGUGUGGAGGAUACGCUAUGUGAUAUCCACUUAAAUCUGACUGAGGAGGUAUCCUAGGAACAGGAGGCAUGCGUGGUGAGUGCUUGUGCCUCGGUGUCCCUCCCUUCCUCUCCUCUCCUCUCCUCUCUUGCUAACAAACCAUCAUGUAAUAGCAUCCGUCCCUGCCGACAAACCAGCCCUCUCCAUAGCAACCUCACAGGAACCCGGAGAACACGUACAGCAUGGCAGCGGAGGAAGCAGGGUAGUGUUUGAGAGGACGCUGAGCUGAUCCAGCGCUUUGCUGAACACACGAGGGGGGUGGGACGGAGCGCAAGAUGGACAACUCCUCCUACAACAGCGCUCGGUGAACAGACUACAGCGGGUCGAAGUAACACUAAGAAAUUGUGAAAUCGGUACCAGGCCGUGUUGUCGUCAUGGCAUUCUCCGGGCCCGAGCUGCAGUGGAAGUGGUUAGAGCUCCAUGACUUGGUGUCCCUGCGUGCUGUAGAGAGGAAGAUUCACACCGCGGCCGGUGCUGCUGUCCGGCCGAGGCAGUGGAGGCUCCACAGUCGUCCCCGAGCGCAGCACUCUCGGCUGGACGAGCACAAGCUGCAUUACGCCGCCUGGGACGGACGCGUGGAGCACGUGAAAGCCCUGCUGGACUGCGGCGUCCCUGCUAACUGCCCAGAUCCUCGCGGCUGGACGGCUGUCCACCAUGCUGCUUUCAGAGGACACCUCGCACUGCUCAGGUUCUUGCUUCACGCCAGCAAAAUGGAUGUGAACUGCCCAGAUCUCUUCGGCUGCACCCCCCUGCACCGCUCCUGCAUGGGAGGCAACAAAGACGCCACUGAGUACCUCCUCCAGAAGGGAGCGUCCCAUGAGGCACGCUCCUGUUGUGGCCAAACGCCCCUCCACCUGGCUGCGGCUGGUGGGCACCUGGGCACGGCACGGAUGCUGCUACAACACCUGGCAUCCCCUGACGUGCUGGACUCACGCAGGUGGACACCACUGCACUGGGCCGUGUUCGGGGGUUGGGGCGAUGUGGCCGAGCUGCUGCUGGAUAACGGGGCAGAGUUGGAAGGGCCGAGCGGAGUGGGGACGAGUCCCCUGCAGCUGGCUGUGAUGGUCGGCAACGAGGCAGCCGUCAGGCUCCUGCUUCAUCGUGGAGCCGAUGCUAACCUCAGAGGUUCCACCGGCCGAACGGCACUCCACCUGUGCGCCUGCUCCGCUGAGAAGAAGAUCCUGCAGCACCUGCUAGCUGCUGGGGCGAAGGUGUGUGUGAGGGACAGGGAUCAGGCUGCUCCGCUGCACCUGGCCGCCCUCAGUGGCUCCAGUGCUGUCCUCCACCUCCUCAUCCUGAACGGAGCUGGACUGGAAGACAGGGACAGCCUUCACAUGACCCCGCUGCAUUACUCCACACUGAAGGACAAUGCUGAAGCGGCGAAGCUCCUGCUGCAUUACGGAGCACAUGUGGAUGCCACUGAAAGGCUGGGGAGGACCCCGCUGCACCUGGCCACAGAAAGGGGACACUGCAAGGUUCUGAGUGUUUUGCUGGAGAGAGGUGCCGAUCCCUCCAUCAAGACGAAGUGGAGGGAGACGGCUGAAGACGUGGCGAGAACUCACAAACAGUAUGGAUCACUUAAAGUGCUCCAGGAACACAGGAAACCUCCAGUAAGAUCUCAAACUCUAGGCCAUACCGUUACUGAGAGUGUUUGGUAACAAGAGACACUGUAUUAAGUCCGAAUCAACAUGGACACCAGUUGAAUGAGAUCCUGUGUGGCAUUAAAGCUAGUGGACUGGAUUGCUUUGUUGUGGUGAAUUUAACUGUGUAUUCAUGUUUAAGCCAUUUUUAACAGAUUGAGCUAUAAUUUGUUGUACUAUGCGAAAUUAAAGAGCUAUACUGUGCAAUGUUUUUACACUUUCUGGCGUGUCUGAAAGUCUGACAGAACAAAAUGUACGACAUCUUCCCGUGACACGUCUGUUAUUGUAAUCGUAUACUACCGUGCUAAAUAGUACGCCAAGCUAGUACGCACGCCUAGUCUGUGUCGCCUGUUUGUUUUUGAUUUUUUAUUUUUUUUUUGUCUUUGCAUACUAUUUAGUACGGUAGUAUACGUGAUGACGUAUACGCGGAGGGAUACAAGGACUUACGCAAGGUGCUGCGGUCAACUCGAGAGCUCUCGCGUUCCUGGAAUUUACGUCAUUGGAACUUCCGUUCCUGGCACGUAUUAAACCGGGACAACAAAUAUAUCUAAA